AUGGCCGAUGAAGAGUUUGGUUCCCUGUGGGACAGCGUGCCAUGGCAACAAUGGGACGACUCGCCAGACUUAUCGAGCCCGAAGAAGGCGGUCGGCUGGUACAAGCCGUCGGUGCCAUACGUGCAUGGAGGCCACGAGCUCCAGACUCUCGACGUCUGGCUUCCCUCCCCAUCGUCGUCUCCAUCAUCGCCAUCAUCACCAUCAUCAUCGGCACCUGCGGCAAAAGUGGAGCAGCACACGCCGGAGCAACUUCUCCUCUCUCGAAAGAACAACGGAGACAAAUGGUGGAUCGUCUACAUCCACGGCGGCGCAUGGUGCGACCCUGAUAUCCGCGCGGACUCGUUCGGCGCCACGUUGCACCAUCUCCUCAAAUUCCCGGAUUCGCUUCGUGACAUCGCGGGCGUCGUCUCGCUGAAUUAUACGCUCUCGCCUAGUCACCACCAUGGCGGGGCAACGCCAAGUCGUUCCGGGAAACAUCCUGAUCAUAUCGUGGACGUGCUGUGCGGGCUGGCCUUCGUCCAGAAAGUUACCGGUUUCGCGGAGAAUUACACCCUGGUGGGCCACAGCUGCGGCGCGACCUUGGCGUUUCAGGUGAUGAUGGACGUGGCGCGAUGGUCGUCGGCUUCAUCUCCUGAAGACCAGGCUGCCGCACACGUUCCGAAAGUCUGCAAACCUUGCGUGGUUAUCGGCCUGGACGGGCUAUACGACCUGCCAGGAUUGAUCAACGACCCGGGCGAUAAGCACGCGGGUUUGAUCCCGGCGUACGACGCCUUCACCAGAUCUGCGUUUGGCGACGACGAAAAUACAUGGUAUGAUGUCAGUCCUGUAUCUGUGAAGGACUGGGUGGAAGAAUGGGGCCCGGAGAAUGGCACCGUGGUGCUCGUGCAGAGUCAAGACGAUACCUUGGUCCCUUAUCGGCAGCUUGUGGGCAUGCAGGCAGCGUUGAAAUCUUCCAUAGGUGCUUCUAUCGGGGUCGUCGAGUUAUCUGCCUCAGGCGACCACGAUGAGCUGUGGCAGACUGGUGACCAGAUAGCGGGGAUUAUCGCCGAGGUCUUGAAGCGACGCGGCCGAUUGGAUCAGUGGUGA